UUCCUUAAUAACAUGUUUGGAAAAUCGUUUUCUUUGUAUUUUGUUUUAAAUCAUUUAGAGUAAUAAUAAAGUAACCUAUUUCUUUUAAAAAUUUCAUUAAAUAUACGUAAUAAUUUUUCCAUUAUUUUCCCUAUUUACUCUCAUACGUAGUGACUUGAUUGAAAUAUCGAAGUAUAAUAUAUUCAUCUUUUAGAGACUUAUAUUUGAAAAUGUCUUUGGAUUCAGAUUCAGAUCAUAGUUUCAGUGAUUGGGUUGAAAAUGGUCCUAAUAAUUUAAAAUGCUUAUUUUGUGAUCAGUUGUAUGAUGAUGUUUCUGAAGCAAUGUUUCAUUGUGCCAAUGAUCACAACUUUGAUUUUUCUGCUUUAAAGCAUAAAUUCAAUAUGGAUUUUUAUUCAUAUAUUAAAUUUAUAAAUUAUAUUAGAUCAAAAUUCUUAGAAGAUGAAUAUUUCCAUCCCAGUCAUCUAUUUGAAUGUGAAAUUCAACCAUGGAGUGAUGAAAAAUACUUAACUCCUGUUGUUAAGGAUGAUCCUUGGUUGAUGAUUGAUAUUGAUGAUGUUACUGAAGAUGAUAAAGAAUCUGAAUCAGGUUUUACUGUAAAUUUUGAAAAUAAUCAGUUUACUUUAUCUUCAGAACAUUUUAGCCAUAUACAAAAAAAAAUACAAACAGUCACAAAACAACUAGAAGUAAAGGAAAAAGAACUAGCUGAUGCUCAUGAGCAAAUAAUUCAAAUGAAAAAUACUUUAACUAAAAUUUUAACAGCUAAGCCAGGAGAUUCUAUAAACACAGCUUCAACCAUUAAUUUAGAAGAUGAUCAAAGUUAUUUUGGUUCUUAUUCAUCUGUUGAUAUUCAUUUUGAAAUGCUCAAGGAUAAAGUUAGAACUCAAAGUUAUUGUUCUGCUAUAUUACUAAAUACAUCUACAUAUGAAGGAAAAACUGUUUUAGACUUAGGAACUGGUAGUGGAAUAUUGUCUAUGUUCAUGGCUAAAGCACGUGCAUCUAAAGUAUUUGCUGUUGAUGAAGCUGAUAUCAUGUAUAAUGCAAUUGAUAAUUUUAGGGAAAAUGGAUUUGAAAAUAUAAUUGUUCCUAUUAAAGGUAGAAUAGAAGAUAUAAAAUUACCAUUGGAAAAAAUAGAUGUUAUUGUCUCUGAAUGGAUGGGAUAUUUUUUACUGUUUGAAUCAAUGUUAGACAGUUUAAUAUUUGCCCGUAAUAAAUUUUUAAAAGAAAAUGGUAUUAUGUUACCUAAUGUAUGUAAUUUAUUUAUCAGCGGUGUUAGUGAUACUGAAAGAUACAAUGAAAUUUUGGGCUUUUGGUCAGAUGUUUAUGGUUUUCGUAUGCCAUCAUUGAAAACUGAAACCUUAAGUAAAGCACACAUCGACAUUGUGCCUGCAGAUCGAAUUGUUACAGAAGAAUUUAAACUUUGCUCAUUUGAUAUGUACACAUGUGACACAAAUUCUACUAAUUUUAAAGUAGAUUUCAAACUUAAUAUUACAAAAACAUGUCCAUUAACUAGCAUUGUUGGGUAUUUUGAUUCUAUUUUUGACAAUGAAAAUCCAGUCAUACUGACCACAGCACCACAUAGUACUCCAACCCAUUGGAAACAGACAAUAUUUCUUCUACCCAACCCAAUUAAUGUAAAUAAAGGUGAUGUACUAGAAGGUGAAUUUCAAUGUACCAGGAAUAUAAAACAAGUACGAUCAUUGAUAAUAUCAAUUUCAAUCAACAAUGAAACAUAUUCUUAUAAUAUAUCAUAAAUUGAAUGGUAAAGUAUAACUUAUUUAAGAUUUUGUUUUUCAUAAAAUAUAUUUUGUUGUAUGUUUAUACUCAAGAAGUGUUAUUAUAUAAUAAAAUACAAAUAUUAUAAAUA